GCCGAUCACACGAUUGUUGCAGAACACAAUGCACACCUCAAAAUUUACUCUGGCAUUUGCUUCGGCAGUCCUUGCGGCACGCCCGUUUCUCAACGAAGCAGACAAUGGCUUGUUAGAUGCGUUUGGAAAUUUGUCUCCGGGCAUGCUUCCGGACCUCUCCUCCAUUGCUGGCCUUCCAGACUUCGACUUUGCCGCACGCAACUACUUGCCUCCGAGAAACUACACUUAUUACCGUAACGCUGCAGGGGGCGAAUGGUCUUAUCGAAACAAUCUGGAGGUUUUCCAGCGAUAUACCUUCAAACCAAGAGUAAUGCGAGACGUGUCUCGCCUGCAAGAGUCCCUUGCUACAACCAUAUUGGGUUACAAUUUUUCAGCGCCCUUCUUCAUCGCUCCAUGCGCUAGAGGAGUCUUUGGUCAUCCAGAUGCCGAGCUCAACCUAGUUCGUGGAGCUGCAGAUGAGGACAUAUUAUACAUCCCAUCAUUGCAGGCAACAAUGUCUAUGGAAGACAUUGCGGCUUCUAAAGAUGAUGGACAAGUACUCUUUCAACAGCUUUACCUGCCCCCUGGCGAAGACAACACGAAGAAGCUACUCCGGAGAACAGAAGCAACGGGCGCCAAGGCCAUCGUUUUCACCGUCGAUGCACCUGCAAAUGGAGACAGGCAACGAGCCUACCGUCAACGGGGACGUACACCUGAACCUGAAUUCCAAGCAAUAACAUGGGAGUACUACCGCAAGAUCAGAAACAUGACUUCGCUGCCCAUUGUCCUGAAGGGGAUUAUGAGUGUAGAAGAUGCUCAGGCAGCGGUCAGCAACGGCGUUCGUGCAAUCAUUCUGUCUAAUCACGGUGGAAGACAGCUCGAUGGCAGCCCUUCGUCGCUAGAGGUUGCACUCGACAUCCACAAAGUGGCACCCGAAAUCUUUAAACAAAUCGAAGUAUACGCCGAUGGCGGGGUGCGCUACGGUACUGAUGUGCUCAAGCUUUUGGCACUCGGCGUCCGAGCUGUUGGCGUUGGGAGGCCAUUCAUGUACGCCAACUCCUAUGGAUAUGACGGCGUCUUACAAGCCAUCCAGAUGUUGAAGCGUCAGAUUUCGGUUGACGCGGCGAAUCUGGGGGUGAUAGACCUUAAGAAGCUAGAUGCCAGCUUUGUCAACUGGACACCAAACCAUUGGAUGGGCUAAGAUAUUUGCAAAAGUAAUGUCAUCAAUCUGUCCUGCGAUACCCUGGGUUAAGUAUGUUUGAUGAGCCUCUCUGUACCGAAGGCGAUGUACAUGAGCUGGGCCGUUUGUGUCCUGAUAAUGAACAGAAAAAAUUAUUGUAUACCACGGGCGCAUAAGCUUCCUCAAGGACUUUUACCGAAAAAAUGGAAUGAAAGGGUGGGCGGUGAAGCUCCCUGAAUGCAUGCGCGCGUGUACUUCGGUGUGUUGUCGGUACAGUUCGGUUCGGUGACACUGCAUCGUAAUAAGUCGAAUCAUGUUCGUUGAAAUCAUGUAAUUUGCUUCAAUUUCAAGUAAAUGGGAGCGAAAUCAAGGAUCCAGGCAACCUUUUUGACAUCUCAACAGACGCCGACUUUACAAAGGACCUGAAAUUGUCUCGGGUGCCUUUCCGGGCGUGUAUGGCGGCAAGCUCGGGUCCAAGACACCCUCUGGAUCGUCCCCGCCAGCUGGGCAUGUGUUGAAGAAGACCCAGCCCUAAAAAAGUGUAUGGUCAGUUUUCAGC